AUGUCUGCCAGACCUCAGAGACCGGUUUAUUUCUCCAACGGGGAGGCCCUCCAGACCCCCCCGAUGACUGUGCGGGUCAGACGCUUUGUCGAGAGUGUAUACUACUUCCUGGGCUUGUACUUUACUUCACUUUUAUCAAUCGAUGCCUACACUGCCGCUGAGAACUCUUCUUUCAACGUCAACAACCCGAAUUAUAGAUAUCAGAAUCGUUCUCGUUGGGGAAAUAAUAUUUCCCCACAGGGGGGAGGUGGUCGUGGUGGAGGAGGUGGCGGCGAUGGUCCUGGAUUUGGUCCGCGGCGCGUGGGCCGUGUGGACGAUGUUCGUGGGCCGGAACUGGACAACCUACCCAUCAUGAGUGCCAUCCCAGCAACAGACGCCGAAUGGGCGGAAAAGAUAGCCAAGAUGAAGGAGCACCUGCCAGAGCACACACUGUCUCAGCCGCCAAUUCCAAUUCCAACAAGGGUCAAUCGCACAAUAGACCACACCCUCUUAACCACCCCAAUCGAUGCCUCCCAGAUUGACACUCUGUGCAAAGAAGCCCUCGAGCACGACUUCGCCGCCGUAUGCGUGCGACUCGAGCACGUCCCACGUGCAGUAGCCCACGUCAAGGGCUCCAACACGGCCGUUGCCUGCGUGGUAGCCUUCCCGGAGGGAACACACGAGACAGCGGAGAAGGUGCGCGAGGCGAAAGAGGCCGUUGCGCAAGGCGCCCAGGAGCUCGACAUGGUUAUCCGGUACGGGCUGUUGAAAGAAGGUCGAUACACGGAAGUGUACGAAGACGUGCUUGCGGUGCGCAAAGCAGCUCCAGCACCGAUUAUCCUCAAGACGAUUCUGGAGGCAUCCAUGCUCACAAAAGACGAGCUCCUUGAUGCGACGAUUGUGUCAUGCAUGGCUGGUGCGGAUUAUAUCAAGACCAGCACGGGAUGGAAUGGUGGUGCUAGUCUUCAGCAUAUUGCGCUAAUGCGUAUUGCGGCUGAAAUUUCCGGAAGCACUUGCAAGAUCAAGGCUAGUGGCGGUUUGCGCAAUGCUGAUGAUGUAGUGCGCAUGCUGAAGGCUGGGGCGCAUCGCAUUGGAACUAGUUCUGGGAUAAAGAUUAUGCGUGAGGUGGAUGAGGGAGAGGUUCUUGAACAAGGGGUUGGUCAUGCGGCGUAUUGA